CUUAUCUAUUUUGUUUUUGUCUUCACGAUUUCCUUGGCUUGUUGGUUUUUAUUGUUUUUGUUCAUAUCUAAUACGCAUUCGUCCUUGCGCUAUAACAUAUAACGAUAUUUCGUCAAGAAAAAUAUAUUGCUGGCAGUCAGUGCUGUUGUUACGCACGCAACAGUGCUAUAUAUGUGAUUAGUCAGAAAUUUACCAUUAGUCACAGCUCACUUCCUUGUUGCAACUGGUGCAAUUUGUUUCAACAACUACUUCUAUUUCAUAUUAAAAUGCUCAAAGUUUACAAUAAAAUAAAUCAUAGGCAAUUAAAAUCCCUAGAGGAAUACAGGACUAUCCAAAAAGCUAGAAGAUGGCUGUCGACAACUACUUCAAAUUUGGCAGCAGAAUCAAAAAAAGAUCUCAAAACAUCAAAAUCGUUUACAAUGAAUUUAUUCCAUGGUCAAUUACAAACUUCACAAGUUUUCCCGUAUCCUGAUGUAUUAAAUGAUGAGCAAACUGAAACAUUAACUAGUCUUGUUGAUCCUGUGACAAAGUUUUUCAAAGAAGUCAACAAUCCUCUUAAGAACGAUGAAUUGGAAACUGUAGAACCAAAGACCCUUGAAGGUUUAUGGGAUAUGGGUACUUUCUCUUUACAAGUACCUCAAGAUCUUGGUGGCUUGGGUCUCAGUAAUACUCAAUAUGCUAGAAUGGUAGAAAUUGUUGGUGCUCAUGAUUUGGCUGUAGGUAUUGUUUUAGGAGCACAUCAGUCUAUUGGAUUCAAAGGAAUAUUAUUAUUUGGAACACCUGAACAAAAAGCUAAAUAUUUACCAAGAGUAUCUAAUAAAGAGUUUGCCGCAUUUUGUCUGACUGAACCAUCGUCUGGCAGUGAUGCUGGUUCAAUUAAAACUCGUGCAGUCUUAUCUCCUGAUGGUAAACACUUUAUACUUAAUGGCAACAAAAUAUGGAUUAGUAAUGGAGGAAUGGCUGAAAUAAUGACAGUAUUUGCUCAAACACCAGUGACUGAUGAGAAGACUGGUAAAACAGUUGAUAAAGUGACUGCCUUUAUUGUUGAACGAGCAUUUGGAGGCGUAACCAACAGUCCUCCAGAAAAAAAAAUGGGUAUCAAAGCUUCAAACACAGCCGAAGUAAAUUAUGAGGAUGUCAAAGUACCGAUUGAAAAUGUUUUGGGUGGAAUUGGCCAAGGAUUUAAAGUAGCCAUGAAUAUAUUAAACAAUGGACGUUUUGGUAUGGCAGCUGCUUUAUCUGGAACAAUGAGAACAAUUACGACAAAAGCUGUGGAGCAUGCUACUAGUAGAGUACAGUUUGGUAAACAUUUAGAUACUUUUGGAAGUAUACAAGAGAAACUUGCUCGCAUGGCUAUGGUACAUUAUGUGACUGAGAGUAUGGCUUACAUGAUAUCAGGUAACAUGGAUUCUGGAUCUGUUGAUUAUCAUUUAGAAGCAGCGAUUUCUAAGUGUUAUGCAUCUGAAUCUGCCUGGUAUGUAUGUGAUGAAGCUAUUCAAAUACUCGGAGGAAUGGGCUACAUGAAGGGUACUGGUCUAGAAAAAGUAAUGCGUGACUUAAGAAUAUUCAGAAUAUUUGAAGGCACAAAUGACAUUUUAAGGCUUUUUGUGGCUUUAACUGGUAUCCAAUUUGCGGGUAAUCAUCUGAAAGAAUUACAAAAAGCGUUUAAAAAUCCAACAGCAAAUUUGGGAUUAAUACUUGGAGAAGUCUCAAAACGAGCUUUGUCAUCAGUUGGACUCAGUUCAGCUCCUUCUCUAACUCACUUGGUACAUCCAAAAUUAUCAAAUGCUGCCAAUCUUGCUAAUCAAAGUAUUGGCCAAUUUGGACCAGCAAUAGAAUCAUUAUUAAUCAAAUAUGGUAAAGGUAUUCUUGAUGAGCAAUUCCUUUUGAAUAGAAUAGCCCAAGCAGCUAUUGAUACAUAUACUAUGACUGUUGUGCUUUCUCGUGCAACAAGAGCACUUAACUUAGGUCUGCCGUCAGCUGAAUAUGAAGCACUACUAACUCAAGUCUACUGUUCUGAGGCCAGUGAUAGAGUAACAAAUAAUUUGAUGCAACUAAAAUCUGCUAAGCACUUGGACAACUUUUCAAAAAUGAGUAAUAUUGCUAAACAAAUAUGUGAACAUGGUGGGUUAGUUCAACCCAAUCCUCUUAACUUGUAAUUUUUCCAUGUUGAGUAUUUUGUUCAAAUGUUAUUAAAUUGUAUAAUUGUAUAAAGAUGAAAUCCCUUGUAAUCAGAGUAAGGUAUGAUUCAUAUUUUUAUUGGCAAAUAAAAUCAUUUCUUAACUAUAUAUGUAUGUUUUCAAUUAGUGUCAAAAUAAAA